CUUCGUCGAGUGUUGAACGAAAACUCGAGAAGAACGCGAAGCCUGCCCCGGGACGCUGCCCACCGGUGUCGCCCCUCAGUCGCGCAGCACGGCCGAGAGAGGCCAACCCGGUGCACACGCAGGGAUAAGCAGAAGGCACACACGUACACUCGGAAGAGUCCCAAGGAGUUUUCUGCUUCUCGGAGUCUCGAGGAAAAAACGGUUCUCCAGCCUCUCUCCACUCAACGAUGGGUACGUCCACCAGAAACGCCAACUGCCAUUUGUCUCUGCCGGGAGGACCCCUGCCUUGGGUGGUACAUCUGCGCCUACCUCAAAUGCCACCCCGCUUGUGCGUGCUUCACCGUUUGUGCGCGAAUUGCGAAUACUCUCAUUUUCGACGGCGUAGAAAAUCCCGAUGCAGACGGGGAAGAAGGGGAAAAGCGCAAAAAGCGUCUAGAGGCCGUUAUCAAGAAAGGCGGAACGGAUCUCGCGUAGAUCCGUCUUUCCCACUCUGCGGGCAACAGCAGUGGCAUGCCCAUGUUCCGUUCAUGGGAACCCGAAUUUAUGCGAAAACUGAGGGAGUACAGGUCCAACAAGCGAGGCUGAACGGGAGGAAAGGGACGACAUGUUGACAACUGCUGAACGAACCUCUGGAAACGGUAUUUUCGUCUGACAGCGAGUGUGGCAAGAGGCCAGGCAUAGCGGCCUAGCAAGUCAGCUCGUCACCAUCACCGGUUUAAGAAAGAUAUUCUCACUCUGCCGUUUUUAUGUCUUCGUCCAGAUUUCGGCACUCUUGGCAAGUUGAGCUAUCGCGGUUUCCCCUGUUCUGGCCCUUACAAGGAGGCAGUGCGGUUCGCGGGUGCCAUCGACAUGUAGAGGUCUGCAGUGUCCGGGAAAAUCUGCCAGUGUGUUUGAGUCUCUCCGAAUCCGCGUGUAGAUCCACCUCGGCGAACCUCGAGUCUCCUGUGGUUCACGCCUCUGUCUGUAGACGCGUCGCUCCUCCAGUCUGUUUUUUUUAAUUUUCCCGCCGAGGAAACGGGUCAACCCGGUUUUCGUUUUGACGGCAAAAAAGGGGUUGUAGCCACAUCUGAUGCCAGGUGUUCCGCGUUCUGUCUACACGUGCUUUUUCAGGAGACCUCGACAGCAAACUGGAGGAAAGCCUCCGGCGGCUGAUCAUCGGUUCGCGGUUUCCAGAGCAGGAGCAGAGCGGGUCUUCGACGCCUCGUGACUUCACGCUCGCACCUCCUCGCUUGUUCGACAGCGCGCUCGGGCCAUGCCGCACGUACUUUCCAGCUCCCGGUGUCCUGCCAAUGCAUGAUCGACACUCGCCCAAGAACGCAACUCCUCCGCAGCCUCCGUCCUCCAACGACGGUGCGUUCUCCCGCAUUUCCCAGCCACCUUGCGGGGAUUUCUUCUCAGGAUUGCCGUCAUUCCCCUCCGACCUGGCGGCGCUCUGCGUAGGUGCAGGACACCACACCGGGCUGGCCGCGUCGCCGGCGUCGUCCAAGCACGACUGUGACGCCUCCGGACUAGAGCGAUGUGAACCGGAGCGUUCUGCGGACAACGCAGACGGCCCGAUGCCGCCUCUGAAAAAGAACGGCGACCGGAGCCGGAGUAGUGUUGCGUAUGGACCCGCGUCCGGGGACCACAGUCGCCAGCAAAUGUACUUCCCUGCGCAGAAAACGCCCUCUGAGGGGAGUCCUACUGCGGCUUCAUGCGCCCCGAAACCGCAUCCCGCUCCCCCGCCAGCUCCGGCGCUCAACAACUCGGCGACGCGGGCACCUGGUCCACCGCCCUCGCUUGUGCUGCCCCCAGAAAUCAUGAACAGUGGGAGGGACGCGUGUGUCCUCGUGACGUUGCCGCUGUGCUUGCCUUACGGGAAGAUCCUCAAUGUCUGUGGAGAGUCCGAAACGAGCUGCUGCAAGCGCAACUACUACUGCAUCAGUCCGAAACUGAACUACGCAGCGUGGAAGCUCUUUGCUCACUCCGGUGGCAUCUGCGACACGUACGCGGCCGCGCUGCACGUGGAGGUUGCCAUCAUUCAUGUUCCCGAACCCCUUCUCCCUCAGGUCGCAGAUCUUUUCAUGAAGCACACUGCACAGUCCGAUUUCCACUUCGACAGUCCUCUCCAACUCAAGUGCGGAAACCUUCAGGAGAGGCCUGCUCCAGUCAGAGCAGGCGGAAAAGUCCUCACUCUCGAAUGCUUCUUCAGCGACCAACAAGAACGCAAGAAGCUGGCCGCCAUUGAACACUUUCUUAGUGGCUUCCGAACUGAGCUGGAAUAUCUCAUUUCUUCGCACCGGCCCCACCGAUCGGGCCACAACGGACGGAAACCGAACAUCUGGAGACUUUCCAGAAACCAGUCUGGUUGCCGAAAUAAUGGCGGCCACCAUCGGGGGCCUCGUCUGGAUGUGACCGUUCGCGCUUUCCAACAGCAAGGGUCGCAGCCUGCAAGUACGGGCAGCGGAAUUCAAGAAGCCAGCGGGCUCGUUGCAGAUGUGUGUGCAAGCGAAAUCCGACUGGUCACGACGCGAAGCUACGGCCAGCUCACUACCAAGGCAGAUCCCCGAUUCCCCGAGAGCAAAGUCGGGACGCGGUGUCUUCUCCGAGCUCAGCGGACAUCGGGAUCGAAGACUGGGUUCACUGUGCCGUGUCGGAAGGUGUUUGCACCGCAAGAAGUUCCCGAAGUGCUGCCUCUCGUUUUCCGGCCAGGGUCUCUGAUUAGCCAAGAGCAGCAGCGUGCAUGCGUCGAGUGGGAGGUGACGCAUCGAAUGGAAAAGGAGGCUGCGGCGCCCCGACGCAUGGACCCUCAGUCAGCGCCGCUUUCUGCGCUCCAAGCGGGCAAGCCGUUAGGCCAGCACUCGUGUCCCUCGGGCGGGAGGCUGUCUCUGCCUGCAGUGUCUCUUACUGGCAUAAGCAAAGACGUAGACCUGGCGAAUGGAUGCGGGUGUGAUGAAUCGGAUGUGUACCUCAGCAUGUACGGGAGGAGUCCGGCUGGAGACUCCACGAGCACUCGCGAGAGUGGAGGCAGCCUGUCUCCGCCCGCAAGCCACGGACGCGAAGGCAGCACGCCAGGGAGCUGCAGACAGUCGGAGCCACCGGUGGCUUUGCUCAGCCGUCUCGGGUAUUUGCCUUGGCCAGGCAGCGACCUAGGCCCCGAGAGCCGAGUUGUAGGACCUCACGAGUUGUCGAAGGAAGAGCAACUUUUAAACGCGUCCGAGGAGUCUGUCGGCGCCACUCAAGGCCUCGACCUGGGAGCGUGGGCGCCCGGAGCGGCGUCGACGGCGGUGUCGAGGAACCCCGAUCAAAGUGUGAACAUCCCCGUUGGCGACGGCUCGCGACUGCCCGUCCAGUCUCAGGAUUUGUGGGUUUUCUUGCCUGCGCUUCUCGACGCGCUGCGAGCGGGCCGGGACGUGGCGCGCGAGGCGGGAGGAGAUGCUGCUAAGGACUUGGGCGUCGGAAACGAAGCGCGGCAGGACGAGUGGACCAGCGCGAGAGGGCGCCACCGGAGUUUAGCGAGCUCUGUCCAGUCGCAAGGUGGCACGGCGAUGGGCGGGAUGUUGAAUCGGAGUGGGGCGUUUCCGUACGCGUUCGAUGGGUUUGGACCUGCCGCUCGGUCUGUGGGGACGGAGAGGCAGGGGGGACUGGCCGGCGGACAGCCGUUGCCGGGUCGCUGCGACUUGUUUUCGACGUCUCACGACGCGCUGAACGAGUUCCUGUUGUCCCUGACAUCCUCGCCGUCUUCGGCAGAUUCGCACUGGUGACCCGCCCACCAGCAUCCAUGGGCUUGGCCCGGUCAACGCACAGGCGCCCAGCUCACCUUCUGGGGCAACGCUUCCACCGCGCGCUCCUUGUACAAGUAUUCGUGUCUGACCCGUUUGUAUCACCAUGUGAGGGCCUGAGUUUUCGACGGGAAGGCGGUCGCUCGGCUGCGAAUUCCAUUUGAGGAGCGGACACGGAGGAGAUCAGGGACACCAGGGCUCCUCUUCAUACUGCUGACAAUGCGACACCGCGCUGUCAAUCUGUACGCAAAGGGAUUGCGGCGCUUCCGGGAUUUUUUGAGGGACGUACUGUGGGGCAUGGAGCGAACUGUGUGAGCGGGUGCCGGCUGCGAUCUUCUCGGGUCCUCCAAAUACCACUGAGAAGGUGUGUGGAGUUUCUUCGGGGCGCGAAAUAAUGCCUCGCUUUAUGUUGAGAUGAUGACGGUGGAACCUCUCAACCGGCAUCGAGGAACCAGUUGUUUCCGUUCGGCCUUUGUGUCUCCAGCCCAGCGAGAUAUCUUCGUAGACCAGGGAAUGACGACAGAGAGGAUGAAGUGGUUGACGCACACUUACUUGGGCUGGCGGGAGGCCAGCCGAGGCGGUCGCGGCGAAGCUUUUGCGGACUCGUCCGCCGCGCAUCGGCCUCCUCAGAAACAACAAAUUUUUCGUUCAAGGUGCGCAUACCGUUUUGCGUGAUGGAAAUCUUUCCUAGCAUGCGGUGAAGGAUCGUCGGGGAGAAGGCGGGCUUGGACCUUGUUCCAAAGGUUCUGGCCUGCUGUCGGUCUCGUGGCCGUCCAGCCAGGGAGAGUCGUCAGUUCAGCUAGGUCCAAUGCAGUUCUCUCGUGAGCUUGCUACCUCGAGUUUCUUCGUCGUGGGAACAAUUCUGUAUGUACCGAAAUGAAAAAACCAUGUGUAUUGCCGUCGCGACGUCGCCUCUAAAGUGCGUCGCCGAAUCUUCCGCCGCGGGUGUCUGUCGUGUCCUCGCGAAUCGUCUCAAUGUGCCUGUACACCUGGCGCUGCCAGACCGGCGCCCGUCGGGAAUCUCUUGCGGCAUUUCUGAAACCUCUUUUGAGCAGCGCAAAAGUGUUUGCCGUUGCACGCACGAGCUACAUGCCGGCGUGUGUUGAUGUUAAGGUUUACCCUGGAAGGCAUCAAUAGGCGGGCAGGUGCGUUGCCUCUGUUGCGCGUCUAUUUUUCAAACGGGGGGCUCAAGAACAGUGCCCUCUCGAUGGUGUGUAUGUUUGGUGCUCGGACGGGCGCCAAGACCCGCGACUUGGUCGUUCAAAGUCGCUCCGGUGUCGACUGUUUGUCUUUUGUUUGUGGACGCUUCGGCGGGAAAGUGUGGCUUGUGUCUGCCACCGGCGGCGGGAGGGCAUAGCAAACUUUCAUUGGGUGUACAUCCGCGUUAAAACCGUUCUGUCUCUUCGGGACCUGUCCAAUUGUGUUCGGCCGUGCGUGUCAAUGUGGGCUGGGUGUCUCUUGUGACCUGGAAGAACAUCCAGCAGACGACCAAGACCGGAGUAGUAUCGACGGUGGUAGUGAGAUGUGUCUUGGGAAGACAAUGUGCUAGUUGGGAAUCAAACGUAAAGUCUAAACUAGCUUCUGUGUCGUGAGUCCGUUGGACUUUCGACGCACACGCGCAAAGACGCGCAGGAAAAAAGCAUGGAGGGGAUCGAGGCCGAGUGCCUCGCACAACUUUUAUUUUUUCCAGUGUGUUUCAUGUUUCAUCAGCGGCAUCUACGCAUGGCUCUCCAAUUGGCUCGGGGACUCGGGUUCCCUAAAACGGACCGCAGCUUCGGGACUUCAUUGCGAAAGGCUGCCACGGAUCUCUGUGAGAGCGCGCGGCGGCGAGGAGCCUGUGAAGUGGUGCUACGGGAGGGAGAAUGUAGGGACUGAGGAGCUGGCGCGCAAUUGCCAAUGAACAGGUUGUGGUGUCUCGGCUCCGCCCCGCGAAAACGGUCCGUGGUACACGGCGGGGUCAAAGGGUCUUUGUCAUGUCCACGUUCAGUUCUUCGUCACAAAAUGACAGUGUGGAAACAAACCGUUUUGGAUGUGUUUAUUUCACCACGCGUGCCAAUGUGGAACGUGCAUGCACGGUCUUGGAGGUUGAUUUGACAAUGUAGCAUCGCUUUUGUGUCAGCUGCGAUUCUCCCGAAGGGCGUCUGCUGCCUUGUCGGUUUGACGCGAUGCGUUCGUCUACAGAGUCUUGGGCGCACGGACAGCUGGGUUCGCGCCUCAAAGUGCAGAAACGCUCUCAGGGUUCCAGGCCCCAGUCGAGAGGUCCUCGCAGAGAGGCCUUCUGUUCAAUGUCGGAAAAGGACUCAAGUCAAGAAAGGUUGACUGGCAUUCCGGCGGUCAACAACGUGCGUGACGUUGGUGGGGCUGCGUGGUGGGGGCUCUCUAGGGGAGUGGUGAGGGAAGGCGUAUUGUAAUGGAACUUCGAAAUUCUCGCGACACAGUUGCCGCCACUGGUUGCCUCAGACGUUCUUUUGCGGAUACACAUGAAACGUAGCCGAUGGAAACAGAUGCCACAGAGAGACAGUGUCCGGCCUUGCUCAAAGCAAAAGGAUACCGCGACACUCCAGGUUCCUCCUUGUACCCUGGGGGGAUCCGUGCGUGGAAGCCUGUAACCAGGAAAAUGCCGCGGGGUCUUUAAGCAAAUGACUGGGCUCAUGAAAUCGAACUGAUCCUGGGUUUUCCUGACGGGAGAGAAGGUGGCAGUGUGCUCAGACAGUGACUGUGAUUACGGAGGCACCUCUUCGAGGUUAUUCUCUAAAGCACGAAGCGGUUGAGCAAGGAGGCUUUCUCUGUUACGUCUUCGUGGCGUGGUAGUGUGAGGUGACACACCGACCCGCAGGGAAGAAACAGGCGGCGCACGGCCAAGUGAAGCUGAAAGGGAGAAAACGUGGAAAAUUGUUGACUUUUAGCCGUCCAGCAGGUUUCCUAUCUAUGUUCGUAAAUUGUGAUUUCGAUGAGCCCUUUUUCGAUGUGUCCGGCGUUCCCCUCCGACGGGGGCCACUCUCGUGAACACCCCACACAACAAUUUGACAUGUCUGUUUCCGGUGUAUUUGUUGCAUUCAUGUGGGGGUGGUGUCGUGUCCUCUAUUCGGGAUCGGGAAAAGUUCGAUGAUGCUGGAGGGUGAGCGGGGGAGUAGCCAGGCGAGCUCCCUUUCUUGUGGCUGUCGACAUGUGAGUAUCCACACUACCGCUUAAGGUCGUCGUUGCGAAAAGUUUGCCUUCUAUUCUGUCCGGCGUGUUCGUGGUGCCGCUUCUCCUUGUUUCUCGAUCUUCAACGUGCGUGGCUGCGCUGCGUAUUUGUUUGCAGAUGUGUGUAUGCUUCUGAGUUGUGCGGUGUGUCGGGAAUGCAGUGCCAGCGAAGAGUUAGACUGCGCACAGUGUCGUGGCACUUUGGCAGAAAGGUGGAGUCGACUUCUAUGCCACUUUCCGGUUCUGCAAAGUAUAGGGUGUAUUUUUAGUCGGCGUCGUCCUCAACUUCGUGUUUCUCCGUUCCUCGACAAUUCUCCGUGUGUGGCUGCCCGGGUGGCGCGAGGCUACAGCCCGCACGCGGGUGUAUUGUCUUUUUACGAGUGUGGACCUUUCUGUGUCGCUAGGUGCGUAUCUGCAUUUCUAUGUCAGGAGGCAAACGGGUGUGGGAGUUUGCCAGGGAGGGGAGGCGCCUGUGGUGUGCCUCGUGGAGCUGCAGCAAGCCGAGCGGGACAGCCUGCUCGCUGGCUCUUUGCUUCCUUUGCAAUAAUGGUGUUGUUCGUUGCGCACUGCGUCGGAUCAGGUGUGCGAAUCUCUCUCGUGUGGUGGCGUGUCAUGAGAAAAAGAUCGAAACGUCUUUUUUACGUUUUUCGUUGUGCUUCGUGACGUGAAAGCGUCCCGGGGGCAAUUUUGACCUCAGAGCCCUGGAUGCAAGAACCUGUUUUGUGACGCUGAAAGUGGGCGCGGCGGCACUGAGGCCGUGCGACCUUCAGCCAAAAGUCGUUAGGGCGGUUUUCGAGGACUCACAGGAAACCGUGGCUCUGUUUUGCGGAGAAAACAGUUGUCCUCAAAUUGAGAGACCCAGCUUGGCGUAACCACUCUGGAGACUUCG